AUGAUCAACAUCAGUCAUCCCAAGAUCCACGGGAAACCUCCCGUGAACAGACAAGCUCCUCCGGUCAAAGAUAUCGACUCGAAGCGAAAGGAAAUUGAUACUUCUGUCGGUAUGACGCAGUUAGAGAAGGCGGACUAUAAUCAGAACGUCGUUGAUUCCACCACGUGCUCGUUCGAACAGCUCUGCAGCAUGAUCAGUGAUCUAGAGAACGACAUCACCGGCAAAGUGCCAGAAAUCGAUCAAUUACAGCUGGAACCGGAGAAAGACGAGUCCAUGGAGAAACAGAGAAUAAAUGGAACCACGUACGAUGACAUAAUGUCCCUCUUGGCGAAACUCGAAGAGGGUUCCACGGACAAGCUGAAUAUAGUACUACCCGAAGUAGAUGCCACGAUUUUUGGAGAGAUAUUCAACGAUCCUCAAGCAUUGUCUUGCAACAACUACGACAGUAUAGGCUCGAUAAAAGCGUUCAAGGACGACUUAGCCACAGCGCGAUUGGAACUGGAAGAAAAGAAUGCGACUAUAUCGCUGCUGAAGGAACAGUUCAAAUCCGAGAGGAAAGUGGCUUGCGACAAACUGAACGCUCAGAAGAAGAGCAGUAUUUCCAAGUUGCAGCAGCAGGAAGAGAAGUACAAGGGUGUCGUGAAGAGGCAUCAGAAGUUCAUCGAAGAGGUGAUCUCUGAAAAAACCAAUCUGACUGAGAAAUGUAACUCGUUGGCACAGAGAGUGAAAGAGAUUGAGAUAAAAAUGCAGAGAGACCUGAAGGCUGCGGCCGACAGACAUGCAGUAGAGCUGCAGAGAGCGAAAGAACACUAUGCCGCGGCGGAGAAGAUCAAGCGUGAACGAUGGAUAGAGGCCAGAACGACGAAAAUUAAGGAAAUGACUGUGAAGGGUCUGGAGCCUGAGCUACGUAAUAUGAUGGAGCAGCAUGCGGAAGAAAUUCAGAGGCUGAGAAACGUGCACAUGAAGGAGCUACAAGACGCUGAAUUGAGAAUCAUACGAAGAUCUAAUCAACAGUUGGAGCAACUGCGUCUAGAACUGACUUCUAGCCAUGAAAGAAUGUUGACAAACGAGAAGAAUAUUCUGUGGUCCAGAUACCAAGAGAAGCUGGAGGAGCAAGAGAAUCAAUUUAAAGCCCAACAAACGAAGCUCCUGGAGGAAUUGCAGCGCGAUAGAGAAAAGUUUGGCAAAGAACUGGCGAAACGGGACGCUGAAAAGGACGCCUCUUUACAAAAGAUGCACUUACAGUAUCAGCAAGAAGCGGAGACUCUGAAGCAACAGCAUUCGAACGAGAAAAAGACUCUUCAGGAAUCGUUGAGGAUGGAAUGGGAAGCUUGGUUGGCCGACUAUAAGAGGCAACAGAACUUGAGAAUCGAGCAAGCUCAGAGUAAGAUUCGAGACGAAUGCAACAGGGAGAGAGAUCGACAAAUCGAACUUGCGAUCGAACGUCUGGAGAAAGAUUCGCGAAACGCCAAGUUGACGAUUCAACAAACUUUCGACUGCAAGCUUAAGUGUUUGAGGGAAAAGUUCAAGAUGGACGUACAAAUCGCGAUCGACAAUGAACAACUGCACAAAGUUAAAUUGACACAGACCAGGGAUAAAUUGGAGAAAGCUCAAAUUCAUUUACAACAAGCGGAGAAGAAGUUGCAAGAAUCUACGUCUGAAUUGAAUAAUGCGAACGAGCUAAUUAAGCGGUUAAACAUAGAGAAAGAGAACGCGAGAACAUUCGCGAGGCAAGAAAUCGAAGGAGAGAAAAGAGAAUUGGAGGAAAAAAUUGCUUCGCUUUAUCAAGAAAUAAGUCGUAUUAACGCGAACAAAGAAGUCUCGAUGGUUCAAUUACACAGCAGGAUUAAAUUAGUAAUGACACAAAAAGUUUUAACAAUCAAAAGUCUAACCAAAGAGCUUAACGAUGCAAAAUCAAAAUGCGAGCACUUGGAAAAAUUAUUGGACCAACAACGGAAAGAAUAUAUUUUGAAAGGUUUGUAA